AUGCAACACACCGCUGCCCUUCCUAAGCGUUUAUCCUGCGAUCGCUGCUACGCCCAGAAACUGCGGUGUCCGCGGUCCAGUACGAGUGAUGAUCCGAGCUGUAUUCGAUGUCUCCGUCAGAAGGUGCAAUGUGUCUAUAGCACUGCCUUGCCCAAGGGUCGGCCCCGUGCGGCGGCCCGUGCUUCUGCUGCGGGAGGGGCAACGACGACGACGACGGCAACGGCAACGACGGCCCCGUCGAUCUCAGAUACCGCCCCUCCCAUUUUCUCCGCCGAAGACCUGGCCUCGUUCACCAGUUGGCUCCCCGAUCCCACUUGGGGGGAUCCUUUGGGCUUCUUCCCGCCCCCCGUGGUGCCGCAGCCGCCACCGCUGGAUACCACUCCUCCCCCUCGUGCCUCCUCCGCAUCGGUCUUGGAGAACCCUGAACAAUGCGUUGGGCGGCUCUCAGCGUUAGCCACGCGUCUCCACGCCGUCUACCGAACCACCCGAGCGCUGUCGGAUCAUCCCCUCAUCACCAAUGCCGCCUUCGAAGCGGUUGCCACCCUCUUUAAUGUCCCCUCGUCCUCGUCCUCGUCCCCUCCGAGCACGACCACCGCCGCCACCAACCUCCGCGAAACAUUCACAUCCUCCCACCACCUCCUCGAAAUCAUCUCUCAUCUCCUCGGGACCACACCCACCACCGAUUCAUCACCUGCACUCGUUGCGGACGAAACAGUCAUCUACCACUUCACCAUCGCCUGCUACAGUCUGCUCCUCCUCAUCUACGCUACCCUCCUCACCGCCCUCCACCGCGAUGCCCUAACUCACGCCCAGCCGUCAUUGUCGACGACGACCACCACCACCAACACUCCUACCGGCCGCGACAACACCAGCACAUGGUGCUCAACCCGCUCCCUCGUCGAACUCCGCCUCUUCCUCCUCUUUCACUUGAUCACCUAUUUCCUGGAUCGUCUCCAGCAAUCCGUCAGGAUGUAUACCGCCCAGUUUGAAAAGCAGACCAUCCACAGCACGACCACUACCGCCGGGAAACGACCACCACCACCAACACGCAGGAGAUGGAGCGACGAAGCAGCGGAGGAGGUGAUGAUGGUCGAAGAGCCCUGGGAGCAGCACAUCGCGCCCCCGCCUCCUCCCGUCUUCCCCUCGUCCUCUCUGGGCUCGAUUUCCGAAUUAGAGACCCGCGCGCGAUCGGCGUUGAUGCAGUUGCGCCUGUCGUUGGGGGCUGCUCGGGGUGGGUUGGUGGAUGUGUAG